GAAUACUACGCCAUGCCAGCAAUCAAGCAUCCCGUUAAGAUCAAUGUCGACCUGGGUGAAGGCUACGGAAACUUCAAGUGUGGCCCGGAUGACGAACUCAUCCCUCUCAUUGACCAUGCCAAUGUCGCGUGCGGCUUCCAUGCUGGUGACCCUUUAAUCAUGCAAAACACGGUGCGCGCCUGUAAAGAACACAAUAUUGCUGUGGGAGCCCAUCCCGGGCUUCCUGAUAUUCAAGGCUUUGGUCGUCGCGAGAUCAAGAUGUCACCCGAAGAGCUCACUGCCGCUGUGCGAUAUCAAGUUGGUGCCCUCAAAGCGUUUCUGGAUGCCGAGGGCAUGGAAUUGCACCACGUCAAGCCGCAUGGAAUACUGUACGGAAUGAUGUACCGGGACAGAGAAACGUGUAGAGCCGUAUAUGCGGGGGUGCCAAAGGGCACGACUGUGUUUGGUCUGGCAGGAACUUUACACGAAGAAGUGGCUAAAGAGAUGGAGCUGCCGUUUGUCGCCGAGAUGUAUGGCGAUGUGAAAUAUAAUGCAGACAGAACAUUGGUCAUUGACCGCAAGAAAAAGCCGUGGCAUCCAGACGAAACGAAAAAGCAUGUACAAACACAGGUGGAAAAUGCAUCGGUCACCGCUGUCACAGGCGAAAAUCUUCAACUGCCUAUUGGCGAUUACCACGUCUCGCUGUGCUGUCACUCCGAUUCCCCUGGUGCAAUAGAUAUCGUAAAAGCAGCACGCCAGAUAGUAGAUGAAUUCAACAAAAGGAACUUUUCUUAA